AUGAAGCUGAAAAGCAAACAACAAAGUAGCCUUAGAUGUUUGCAUUUCUACGAGGCUCAGCUUUACAGUCAAGUACAUUCUCAUUUUAAAACUCGUCCACUGAACAUCUCUAAUUUGUCGGGAAUCGACUGCUGUGGAGACCAGCAAUCGAUAAGCCAUCUUCCCCCUUCAAGUGCCUCUUUCCGUGAAGUAGUUCAUUACUUUGACUAUAUAGUCUUGUGGUUUUUCACUCCGUCUACUACAAUCAGGAUGUGCUGCUCUCCUUGCUACUCGUGCAGCUAUUCCUGCACCUCCCCCUGCAAUGGCUGCUGCAGUGGCUGCUGCGGCUGCAACGGCUGCUGUGGCGGCGGCUGUUGCUCGGCUGCGGCCUGCUGCUAUCCCAGCUGUUGUGGCGGUUCCUGUGGACCCUGCUGCUAGAACGGAACUAUCUUCAGAAGGAAAUCUAGGUACUACAU